GCGAAUGGAUACGAUAAUAAUUAUCAAUAAUUAUCAAACGAUAACCGAAUAUUCGGUAAAAUCCCUGCUUUGUUUCAGGACAACAAAAUUGCAACUCAAGAAUGGGAUUUUGGAAAGAUGGAUUUGAGAAAUUGAUUAAGGCUGUAAAACAAGGAGUCGACCGUGUUGAACAAGAAAUAGAUGAUAUUGGAGAUAGUUUUAAAGCAGUUGGAGAUGGUGUGAAAGCUACAAUCAAUUGUGUGACUUUAUUGGACGGUGGCGUGGAAAAUAUUCUGAAAUUGAAACAUAUAUGUCAACCAAUUUUCGAAUGGGUGACAACGUUCAAGAGAUAUCUUGAGAGCGACAAUAUAUUUGAGAGUACAACUGCCCUAGGAGUUUGGGUAAUAGUAUGUUACUAUUUCCAAAUGUGGAUGAUACCAGCCAUUAUAAUAAUUAUUGAUGCUAAAAAAUUGUUUUGCCUUUAUGUAUAUGGAGCUCCAGUCGAGGAAGACUCAACUUCAAAUAAAUCGACAAAGAACAAAAUGGACGCAAUUGUCGAAACAAUAAAUUUGGUGAGAGAUACCUUAUGUAAUCUAGAGUGGAUUCUUCAAUAUAUAUUUCUAGUUAUAGAUUUCAAUACAAAUUCAUGGUCAGUGAUAUUUACACGAAUGAGUUUUGCAUUCAUGAUGCUGUUCAUCCCGUUCAAUAUUAUAUUGAUGGGUCUGGGUUUGACCCUAUAUUUGAGGAGCACCCUGCAACAAUUUUUGCCAACAUCAAGAUCUGCCUGAAAUGAUGACGAAAGCGAAGAACUUCAUGAUGUUUGUUGAUGAAGAUAUCACAGGUUUUUCAACAGAUUUUAUUCAAGCCGGUGGUGAUACGUCAAUAUUCCAUCAAUAUUGAUUGAUAAAAUGAAGAAAUACUUUUCGAAUGAUGUUACUCUGGCCUCUGUGUUAAUUCGACCACUGAGUUAUAUUUAUUCCACUCAAAUCUUCAUAUAAAUUCUUCAAAAUAUAUGAAUAACAUACAGCAAAAGUAAAAUCAUCGUUUCUGAUGUAU